AUUGCAUGUGAAGAAAAGAAUGUACCGAGCACUUCAAGGUGUAAAAAAAACUCUUACCGAGUACGCAAAAGUGAAAAAACAAUUGGAUGCAGCUAAGAACACGAAGAUGGCCGUAAAAGUGAAGAGUACCGAGGAAAGUGCUCCGAAAAAGCGUAGGAUAAAGAGAGACUCGUCGACCAGCGCUGAGCCACCAAAACCUAAACCGUUGCAAUUAACUAACAAGAUUAUGUUAAAAAUGUCUAUGUACUACGGUUUGGCAAUCACCAGAAACUGUCAUUCUCUCGAAGAAAUGAAGAAAGCCGUGUGGGCUACAUUCUACCACAUGACAUCAACAGACGAAAACCCUCAGCACUCUUACUGCUCAGAUUCUUGGUGCAAGUAUCAACAGCUCAAAGCGGAAAAUCAAGAGAGCACUUAUGAACACCCAGUAACGUUUGACGAACAAGUUACAAAUCUCAUAAAACCUGUGUACGAGACUUUGGCGUCCGACGAUUUAUUGAAAAGAUGCUUGGGCGGGAACACGCAAAAUAACAACGAAAGUUUUAAUCACUGUGUAUGGAAUUUUGCUCCGAAGCAUACUUUUACUGGGAAAAACGUUCUGGAAAUUGCUACCUAUACCGCCGCUUGCAUCUUUAAUGAGGGUUUUCUACCUGUACUCAAAAUUAUGGAGACAAUGGGCGUUACAUUAGGACAAACAGCCAGAGACUACGCUGACGAUGUUGACAAUGCACGGAUUUUGAGGGCAGAGAAAACUGCAGAAGCCAACUCCAAAGAAGCCAGAACUUUACGUAGAGCUCUAAAAGCUGCUGAAAAUGACAAUUUUGAGGAAACGGAAGGACUGCUCUAUGCACCAGGCAUAGCUGAUUAAUAUGACUUUGGAAGGCUGUGUGUUUCCCCGAACCAACUCAUCUUUUCUUUGAGGACUCCAUAUUGACGUCG